AUGCCGUAUUCGCUGAAAGGCCGCAAUGUGCUCGUGACAGGAGGGUCGAGAGGACUAGGUGCUUUACUGGCGGAGAAAUUCGCAGCUGAAGGUGCCAACGUCGUGGUGAACUAUGUGGCCAGCAAAGACCGGGCUGAGGAGGUCGCGGAGAAGAUCAAGAAGGAAUAUGGCAUAAAGGCACAUGUCAUUCAAGCUGAUAUUGGCGUUGUGGCAGAUACCCAAAGGCUUGUGAAGGAGACGGUGGAGGUUCUUGGUGGUCUUGAUGUUAUCAUCAAUAACGCUGGCUGGACCAGGUUCAGCACGUUUGGCGAUAUCAAUGAUCUGAGCCAUGAUGAGUGGAAUAAGUGCUGGUCGACGAACGUCAUGUCGCAUUUGGUCUUGCUUCAGGAGGCUGCCCCUAUCUUCAAUGCUAACCCUGAUGGUGGCGUGUUUCUGAUUUCCUCGAGUAUAGCGGGUAUUGUCACUGGUGGCAGUAGCAUGGCAUAUUCCGUUACCAAGGCCGCAGGGCUUCAUCUGAUGAAAUGCUUGGCCUUUACACAAGGACCAAAAAUUCGGAUCAAUUCUGUUUUACCAGGUCUCUUGUUGACGGAAUGGGGACAGAAAUACGGCGAGGAGAAGAUUCAGGCCAAUAUUCAAUCGGCUGCUCUUAAGCAUGAGACGUAUCUCGAUGACUGUGCAGAUGCAUUCAUUGCAUCGGCGAAGAACACAUCACAGACAGGACAACAGAUCGUCGUUGAUGCCGGUCUCGCCAUUAGAUGA